AUGCAGCAGCAGCAGCAGCAGCAGCAGCAGCAGCAGCAGCAGCAGCAGCAGCAGCAGCAGCAGCAGCAGGCAGCCGAGCCUCAGGCCGAGGCGGCCGCCGACGCGGCGCCCAAGCGGCGCGGCCGCAAGCGCUCGGCGCCACCAGCGCCCGAUGCGGCGGCGGGCGGCGGGCAGCUGCCGCCGCUGAAGGUGUUGUCGCCAGAAGAGAUGGCGCGGGUGGAGUCGGUUGCCAACAACCCGCGGCGGCAACCGUCGGCCGGGGCGGCGGGUGACGACCUGUCAUACGGCUGA